CAUAUCGCACGUAAUCCUGCCGUCUACUCCAAACUUCGAAGCACAAUUCUCUCGGAAUUUGGACCGGAAGGUUCGGAUAUUUCAAUCCAAUCUUUGCGAUAAUGUAAAUAAUUACAAUACGUGAUUGAUGAAACGUUACGGGUGGGUGCACCUGUUCCGUUGAAUGACGGCAUAUGUAACAAAGAUACAAUAUUACCGCGUGGAGGAGGUCCCGAUGGUAAAAAACCUAUGUCCUUACCAGCUGGGUCGAGAAUAUUGGUUUCGACGGAUGGGAUGCAAUAUCGGAAAGAUAUUUGGGGUGAAGAUGCCGAUCUGUUCAGGCCCGAAAGGUGGGAAGGCAGAAGAGCUGGCUAGGAAUUCAUUCCAUUUGGUGGAGGGCCGAGGGAGUGCAUUAGUCGUAAGUUUCCCUCUUUUGAGAUUGACACACAGAUAGCUAAUUGUCAUAUCUAGAACAAUUCUCCCUAACUGAGACUUCAUAUGUUGUUGUGAGGUUUCUGCAGAAAUAUAAUCGGGUAGAGAAUUUGGAGAAGCCGGGCUGGGUUCUACAUCAUCAUACCGUUUCUAACCGCAGUAAAAAUGGAGCGGAGGUCAGAUUGCAUAGAACGAUUUCUUCAUUUUUUGCUCUAUAGAUUCAACUAGAGAUUAGAAGUAUUUACCUUUGUAAUUUGAUUUUUCGUUGAUGCUUCGUUCUAUUGCUACAACAGACGUCCAGAAAU